AUGGGUUGGCUGUUCAAGGACAAAGGUCCUGGUUGGAAGAAAGGAUGGACGGAACAAGCAAUAACCUCCAUUUCAGCACCACCUUUGCCUCUCCUUUCAAUAUUCGGCAUCAUAUGUGUCCUCCUCAUGGUUUCUUCUUACAUCAACUUGAAGAGAGAGGUCCACCAUACGGUGUUUAACUUGAAGCUGUUCCUUCUGUUCUUGCCGGUCAUGUUGAUUUUCGCCGCUCAGUUUUUGAGUAAGUGUGAAAGGUUGGUGGUUCCUUACGUGAGGACGAAGAGGGACUUGGUACGUAGGACUUGGGACUUGCCUUGGGGUAUGAUUAUGGUGGUGGUUGUGCUUUUGGUCAUGGUCUCUUACCAGUCUUACUUUCAUUCUAUGUGGUCUCCUAAUAUUUGGAGGUCUGUUUAUCUGUGA